CACCGGACGAGGCCGGUCCUAGGUGGAAUAGCUGCGGGCAGGACUCCUGCAGGGGGACAGGUGGGGUGCGCCUCUGCUUAAAGAGGGACGAUGAGUUCCGCGGCUUUUUGCACGGUUUCCUCUCUUCUCACCUGAAGGCAAAACUCUGGGAAAGUCGGCACGUAUUGGAGAAAGAUGAGUUCGAGCUUGAUCGUAAGUCAAGGCUGUGACGCCGAGGCGGGGGCCUGGAUGGUGGCUGCAGGGGCCAGGGUCGCCACGCCGCCCCUACAUGAUGGACUCUUGGUAGUGAAAGUGGAAGACGACUCACCCGGAGUUCGGGAGUCCGACCUGCCUGUGGACUGUCUGGAUCCUGAAACUUGUCGACAGUAUUUUAGGCGGUUCCGUUAUCAGGAGGUGGCUGGGCCCGAAGAGGCGCUGAGCCGGCUCAGGGAACUUUGUCGUCGGUGGCUGAGGCCUGAGAUGCACUCGAAGGAGCAGAUCCUGGAGCUGCUGGUGUUGGAGCAGUUCCUAACCAUCCUGCCCCCGGAGCUCCAGGACCGCGUGCAGAAGCACUACCCCAGGAGCGGAGACCAGGCUGCGGCCGUAGUGCGGGCUCUUCAGAGAGCGCUUGGUGGGACCUCACUCCAGAGAUUGGUGAAGGUCAAGGAUGUGCCUGUAACCUGGGAGCAGUGGGAGCAUGCGGAUCCAGUUCAGAGGGACUUCUACAGAAAGAGCGCGCUGAAGGAUUAUGGGAACACAGUCCUGUCAAGUUUGGAAACCAAAACAGAGAACAAAGAGUUGAUUCCAAAGCAAGAAAUUCUAGAAGUAGAGCCACAGAUGCAGCUACAGAAAGUGUCCCAGGGGAAGGCUCUCCUGUUGUCCCAGGAUGGUGAUACCCACGAGGAGACUGUAGAAAAGCACUCAGGAAAUCCUUCAUUGCUGAAACUUGAAAAUUCUCCUGAAGAGCAAGGACUCACCAGAAUCUCAGAUCUCAAGAAUGGUCCUAUAGAAGAGGAAGACUCCAAAAAUAAUGAGAUUGGGAACAGUGCCAGAAGUUCAAACUUGGUUCUUUGUCCGCAUGGCCUGUCACCAGAGAGGUCUGUUAAUGGCAGUGAACAUGGCAACAAGUGCAGACAGAGGUUAGAAAUGGUGAAACUUCUAAUGGUGAAACCUCAUAAAUCUAUUGACAGUGAGAAAAAUUUCUGUACUUCAGGCCUUUUUGAGACCCAGAGGCAGCUCCGUGAAGAAAGACCUUAUAAAUGUGAUAACUGUGAAAAGAGUUUCAAACAUCGUUCCGACCUCUUGAAACACCAGAGAAUCCACACUGGGGAGAAACCCUAUAAAUGCCAAGAAUGUGAGAAGAGCUUCAGUCAGAGUGCUGCCCUCAUUAAACACCAGCGGACACAUACAGGGGAAAAGCCGUACACAUGUCCCAAAUGUGGGGACAGCUUCAGACAGAGCUCACAUCUCAAUCGGCAUCAACGAAUCCACAUAGGAGAGAAACACUAUAAAUGUACCGAAUGUGGGGAGACCUGCCGCAUUUCCAACCGUUUUAGACAUCAGAGAAUUCAUAAGGGGGAGAGACCCUAUACAUGUGAAGAAUGUGAGAAGAGCUUCAAACGGUGCUCUGACCUCUCUAAACAUCAGAGAAUCCACACCGGGGAGAAGCCUUAUGGAUGUUCUGUCUGUGGGAAAUGCUUCAGUCAGAGUACAACCCUCAUCAUACACCAGAGAACUCACACUGGAGAAAAACCUUAUAAAUGUCUUGAAUGUGGGGAAAGCUUUAGACAGAGUCCACACCUUAUCCGACACCAAAGGAUCCAUAGAAAUAAAGUCCCAUGAUUUUGACAUG